GCGAUCAAUUGUCCAACAAGGGGGAACGUACGAAUUGAAAUCAUAUAAUGGGGCCAUACCAUAACACGAUACCAUCUAAUUUGCGAUGACUUGUGCCGAGAUUUAGGUGUUAUUGUUGUAGACUGAUUUGAUGCCAGUGUUGGACUUUUUGCUAUCUUCGGUGGAGUUUGUGCACUUUAAGAGAGGAAUUCCAACCAACACCGAUGAACUGCAAAACCGCACGCAAUUUUGUACAGAGGGCAGAUCAAGGUUGCAUGCAUAAACAAAUAAUUGGUAGGCAGUUUAUCACUCUUUUCAUUCACGCUAAAGACGCGCCUUUUUACACGAUUUUUGUGUACAUACAAGCACAACUAAGAUACAUACACCACCACUUUAUAUUAACUUCACUUUCAAUCCCACCCCCAAUCCAUUCUUACUUCCACCAUAAUCAUUUUCAUUCUCUCUUUUCUCUUUUUGAUCGCCAUCAAAUCAACUCUCUAACAAUGUCUAAGCCAGCUUCAAAGACAGCCUCAGCCGCCAAGAAGGCAUCUUCCACCGGUCCAUCUUACGAGGUAAGUUUGAAACAAUUGUACACUUUUUUCGCCAUUGCUAUCCGUCCCGUUGACAAGGUAAACGGAAAGGCAUACAUAGGAGCGAAAAGAAACGAUAGAUACAUCUUUCAAGCUGGUCAAUGGAUGGAUGGUAGCAUGUACUUCAUCCAUUCAAAGCCGUUUGGCUCUAUCUCCUCUAUUCGCUUCACGCCAUCGUCAUUCGUUCGUUCUCAAUUCGCGCGCGCGUUCCGAUUGACGCGCCGGGAUUGGAGCGCGUGGAUGGUUUACAGUUCUGCUCGUUCAAGAUUUUUGCACGGUUGAUUCAUCGUCCAUUGAAAAGGCUCAAAGCAAAACAUGCUUCUUGGCACACACUAUGGCAAAACGGCAGCUUUCCACCGUGCCUGUAGCCACCGCUAUCAAGCUUUUCGUUACCACCUUGUCAACGGAACGCUGC